AUGUCUAUAUCAUUUCUCAUUGUUGCGUUAGAAUACAACGAUUACUUUAGAUUUGGACUUUUCGAAGACGAAAAUAUGUACCUCAAAACGUACUACUCUCUUUACUCAUUGAUACCGCUGUAUUUUGGGUCUUUCAUAUUUACAAUUGUAUGUGUUUUUGUUACGCACUUUGUUAGCAGAAAAAGAGAGGAAGCACUGUUUAACCUUCUUACAUUUAUUUCUGUUUUUUAUUUGAUCAUACCACUUUCAGCGUUUGGAAUUUUUAUGUCUGAUUACUUCGUGUACUCAUAUAACUUUAAUUGGGAGGUCGAAAACAAAGAUAUUGAAAAUUUCGUUUGUUUACAUAAUAUUAUAUUUAUAUAA